AUGGGUUCUUCCCCUCGGAAGGUUCUUCUCUCACUUCAAUGGCUCCUUGUCUGUGCACUGCUGCAGACACCGACCUCCGCCAACAGGAAGGCAAGUAACACUUAUCUGGUCUCCCCUUUUUUUGGUUCCUCGAGCCUCCUCAUCAAUCUUUCUAUUGAUGGGUUUCCUGUUUCUGCCUUGCAGUCGUAUGUUGUAUAUAUGGGGGGGCAUCAUCACAGCCGAGAAGAGGUGCCCUUGUUACAGACGGAUGUGGUCACAGUAUCCCACCACGAGUUCCUGGAACCCUUCGUGGGCAGGUAACUGAACGUUCAUUCGAAAAUAAUGGGCAUAUGUUCUCCCUCCUCACUAUCUCUUUUUUAGUUAACAUUACUCAAUUCUUGGGCAUCGACUGUUGAUGCAGCAAGGAGAAGGCGCGGGACGCUAUUUUCUACUCCUACACGAGGCACAUCAAUGGAUUCGCCGCACACCUCGAGGAGGAGGAGGCGAUGGAGAUAUCUAGUUGGACUCUUCGACCAGCCUCAUCCGUCUCUUUCCCUUGGUAGCUCUGAACUGCAGCCUGCUAAUUAUCCUUCGCUUUUGAUAUUUAUAGAGUCACCGGCGGUAAUAGCGGUGUUCCCCAACCAGAUGCAUGCGCUGCACACGACGCGCUCAUGGGAAUUCCUAGGGCUGGAGAGCGAUGGGAUUGUCCCUGAUGACUCCAUAUGGAGGAAGGCAAGGCUCGGAGAGGAUACAAUCAUCGGGAAUCUUGACACUGGUAAUCCACCCUAACCUCUCCUCUCCUCGAUUUGCUUUCUCCGCCAUCUUUUUCCCUCUCUCUCUUUCCCCUAUCUAUCUAUCUAUCUAUCUAUCUAUCUAUCUAUCUAUCUAUCCAUCCAUCUAUCCAUCUAUCUACCCUAUCUACCUAUCUCAGUCAUUAUCUGAGAGGAAACCAGUUGACCCAUAAAAACUGCACAGACCUUCCGUUAUCUACUGGGUUUCUGACCGGAUUCCGCGCAGGGGUGUGGCCGGAGUCGGCAAGUUUUAAUGACGACGGGUUGGGGCCUAUCCCGUCGAGGUGGAAGGGGUCCUGCGAGAGCAGCCCCAGCGAUCCCAUUCGCUGCAAUAGGUAUGUUCAGUGCUCCUUGAAAGCAUCGUCAUUAACAUUGCAAUCACCAGCAUCAUACUCAAACGAUAUAAUGUUUCAAACCGAGAACGAUAGAUGGCCAGUCACCGUCACUGGUUUGGCCAUCGUUUUCCCUCCAUCCAUCUACCUUCACGUAGUUGCUCUUCCCACCGUGUGGACCAGUGCUAUCGCAGUCAGUCACCAAUGCUUUCCCGUUAAUACGAUUUCGAUUGAUGUGUUACUAUUACCGUUAAUGAGAUCGACAAAUGUUGCAAUUUCCUUGACCUAGGAAGCUGAUCGGGGCCCGGUUCUUCAACAAGGGAUAUUUAGCCGCCGGGGGAACGUUAACCGCCAGCCAGAUCACCUCCCGUGACACUGACGGCCAUGGUACACACACGCUCGCCACCGCCGCCGGCCGGUUCGUGCCGGACGCCAGUAUCUUCGGCUUCGGCAACGGCACGGCCAAGGGCGGGGCGCCCAGCGCCCGGGUGGCGGUGUACAAGGUGUGCUGGGGCCCCACAGAAGGCGGGAGGUGCUUCGACGCCGACAUCCUGGCCGCCUUCGAUCAAGCCAUUGAAGACGGUGUAGACGUGCUCUCUGUGUCCCUUGGCCACAGAGCCAGCGACUACAUUAAGGAUGGGCUUGCCAUCGGGUCGUUUCACGCCGUGAAGGACGGGAUCACCGUGGUGGGCUCCGGCGGGAACUCGGGUCCCUUCUGGAGAACGGUGGAGAACGUCGCGCCAUGGAUCCUCACUGUGGGAGCAAGCACCAUGGACCGGGAGUUCAUCUCUUAUGCUAUCCUCGGAAGCGGGGUACAACUCAAGGUUCGGCCACCCCUCAGAACCGUUCCUCAGUUGUUCGUUCUUCGGUCGUCUUCUCGAAGCUCACUCUGUCGUCUUCUCCAUUCGUGCGUGCUUCCUCCAGGGGCAGAGCCUUUCCGCCUCCAGUCUCCCGGCGGACCAAUCCUAUCCUCUGAUCAGUAGCGUCGACGCUCGCGCUGCAAAUUCUACCCUCGACGAGGCGUAAGAACGACCACCCUGUUUCCUCCAUCUUUGACCGUGUGUUCUUGCUACUGAAUUGUCUUUGGAUCCCUCUCAGGCGGCUCUGUUCCUUGGGCUCGCUGGAUCCAGAGAAGGUGAAGGGGAAGAUCGUGGCCUGCCUACGGGGGAACGUCUCGAACGUGGAAAAAGGCCAGACGGUGCUCCUCGCCGGCGGCGUCGGGGUGAUCAUUACAAAUCCUGCCAUCCGGGCGAACCAUGUACCCGCCGACCCUCACGUCCUUCCUGCCGUAGGGUUAUCAUAUAAAGACGGCCUCAUCCUCUACAACUACAGCAAUUCUUUCGCGUAAGUAAUUCAGUCAAUAUUCUCUGCUAUCUACAGCCAAAACCGAGCCCAAGCGAGAAUCACUGCACUCACUUAUGAGCCACCAACCAGACACCCGCGACCCUCCACCUCUCUCUUCUUACUUUAUUAUGGAUGUCCAAACCUCCUCUAUCUCUAGAAAAGCAUAUCAUUGACAACUCGCGACCCACAUCAAAUCUCAACAAUCAAAUCUUAGAGGACUGCAAAACCGAUCUACGCCCACAAUGGACUACUUUAGUCAUAAUCGCCUAAGAAUUGUCUAAUUUAUGGUAGAUUUAUAGUGAAUUUAGCUCAUAUUAUCACGAUUCCAGCUGCAUCGUCAUGGAUUUCACUACAUUUUCUGAUGCAGGUUUACUGACUUAACGUCAAUAUUAGGGCUUAAAUUCUGAGUUGUAUUGAAACCUAGUCUAGUUUCCAAUCAGAAUACCGUAAAUUCUGAACUAAGUUGGACAAUCAAUGUUAAACGUCAAUAUUUCAGCUUUUUCCUUCAUUUAACAAAUAUUUCAUGUUAUUCCUGUAUUAUCAAUACUGUUUCUAUUUUUUAACUAGCAUGCACAUUGUUUUACUCAUGGAUUUCAAAAACCUCAGUUUUAAACCGCAAAUAGAAUUUUUUGCUGAUUAAAUUGAACUAUUGACACCUAUAUUACGGAGUUUGACAAGAUUGUUUCUGGGAUUGAUCGUUCACCUUGGUUGCAGGAACCCUGUCGCCCGCAUCAUCGCACCUACCACGGUGGUAGGCACCAAGCCGGCUCCUUUCAUGGCCGCCUUCUCAUCCCGAGGACCCAACCCUGUCAACCCCGAGAUCCUUAAGGUUCUCUCUCUCUCUCUCUCUCUCUCUCCCCCUCGCUCCCUACCUCCCUCACUCCUAGUCCCUUCCACAGAACUUUCUAGUCGUUUCCCGGUUCUCAUAUGUGCAUUGAAUGGCUUGCAGCCGGAUAUCACUGCUCCAGGUGUGAGCGUUCUCGCUGCCUUCACGGAGGCAGUUGGACCAUCUGAUAACUCCUUCGACAACCGCCGUGUUCGAUUCAACAUAUUGUCCGGAACGUCGAUGUCGUGCCCUCACAUCUCCGGGGUCGCUGGCCUCCUCAAAACCCUGCACCCUGACUGGAGCCCGGCGGCGAUCAAGUCCGCAAUCAUGACUACCGGUGAGUUUCGGGUCUGCACUGAAUGAUAGGUUACCCAACUUUUCCACAACUGAUUUGGAUCUAUUGCUGUCCACUCGGCUUGCAGCGACGACCGAUGAUAACCAGGAGAAACCUAUACUCGAUUCGUUCUUCUUUACGGCCACCCCGUUCAGUUACGGCGCAGGGCACGUCCGCCCGAACGUCGCCAUGGAUCCAGGCCUUGUCUACGACCUCACGGUGGAGGACUACCUCCGCUUUCUCUGCGCCAUCGGGUACACCUCGGGGGAGGUCGCCAUCUUCGACGGGACGCCAUUCGCGUGUCCGCUGAUUCCUCCUAGGCUCCUCGACCUUAACUACCCCUCCAUCAGCGUACCACGACUAUCCGCUCCGACGACCGUCAAUAGGAAGGUGAAGAACGUUGGCUCGCCGGGCACGUACACGGCACAAGUGACUCCCCCACAAGGUAUCUCGGUAAAGGUAACUCCGGAAACCCUCGUCUUCAGCAAGUACGGCCAGGAGGAGAUCUUCAGCGUCACGGUGAAGGCGGAGUCUGGCGCACAGGCCGGCACAUAUGUCUUCGGCCGUUUAACGUGGUCGGACGGCGUUCACAACGUCAGAAGCCCCAUUGUCAUUGGCGUCGUAUGA